UUAAGGUUUAGACAAGACUCAAGACUUUAGACAAUCACCAAAACAAGGCAACCUCAAAGUUAAGUCUACAAUGUUGAAUUUGUUGACAAUCUUUGAAAAACCCAAUCGCCCAUAUGAAGCUUCGAAUAUCCUUCCUCCUCCUUCAAUAGCUCUUCUCCAUUUAUUCCUGAUGAUCUUUAAAUCAAUCACUGACUUGAUCAGUGUAAUACCCUUUUCCAAUGAAACUCCAAUUCCUCCUUUCCUCCAUCUUUUCCAUUAUCAUUGCUCAUGUUUGUCUUUCCAUUUCUAGUGAUCUCGUUUUACCCUCUCCUGGAGAGUUUUACCUCCACCGUCCCGCUGCAAGAAAACCACUUUCGUUACCUCCGGAACAAGAUUUCGAGCUAGUAGUUGCUCCUAAUGGCAUUGUCUAUAUGGUAGAUACUCGAGAAAGUGAUUCUAGAAAAGUAAUGUGGUCUAUUUCUUCAGGGCCUCCAAUUUACAAGUCAUAUCAGGCUCCUGUUCAAGAAAAUAAUGAAAAGGAUAAAGUACUGGGACACAGUAGAUAUGCUUUUCUGGAAUGUGGAGAUGACUGGGAGUUAUAUCUGAACCAUGAAUAUGGAAAAGUGAAACUUGAACUUGCAAUUCAAGAUUAUGUGCAAAAAACACCAAUAUAUGAGGAUGAUGGAGUUACUGUGGGAUCCAUGCAUUCUAAAGUUUUUAGGGUUGAUUUUUGGACUGGAAGGCUUAUUUAUGAUUAUGAAAAAUCUGUUUCUAGUAAGGAAGGGGCUGCACAGAUUGCCUCAGCCCUAGGUAGAACUAAAAGAGGAUCUUCAAGCAUGAAGGCAUCAAGUGUGGAGUUAUACAUAGAAAGAAUAGAUUAUUCGCUUUCAACUAAAGUCUUUGACAAAUUAGUUUGGAACCUAACUGUUGGUUUCUUUAAAACCAAAGUUAGAUGUAGAGGGACUGAGCAUUUGCUUGAUGGAGCUUCAUUUAAUUUGGACCAUAAACUUGGCUCUGGUUCUUCUGAUGCUCUUAGAACUUUCUCUUUACCUUGUGAAAUAGAAGUAUCCGUUCGUCGUUUUCGCAAGCAGGAGACGUUUGAGUCUUUCCUUAUACUAAAAGGCCUACCUGAUAAACUCUCAACCACUCAUCAGAAAGGGGUAUUUUUACCUACUUAUAGCCACCUUCGGCCUUCGCGUGAAGUUCUAGAAAUUGAAAGGGGCACUCGUAAGAGGAUUGUCAAUUUGACGAUGUUAAUAAGGGGGUAUAUUCCAUGGAUUUUAAUCUUUGUGACUCUGCUGCUUAUUGGUUUUGCUUUUCAUCAUAGAUUUAUAGUGGGAAGCGGAAAAAUUCAGUUAGAUGAGGAGUCGAUCUUGAGUACUCCACCGGUGUCUUCUAAUAAGAAAAGAUCUCGUAAACCUAUGAAGAACAUAAAUGCCCCAAGGGAAGACCAACAUAAUGAGAAGGCUGUUGGACAAUGGCUAAAUCUCAAUAGUCUUUUGCAAGGUGAGACAGAGGGACAUAUAAUUGGCAAAUUGUUUGUGUCCAAUAGAGAAAUAGCGAAGGGAAGCAAUGGCACUGUUAUAUAUGAGGGAAUUUAUGAAGGUAGGAAGGUGGCAGUGAAACGCUUGGUUCAGGCUCAUCAUGACAUGGCGUUUAAAGAAAUUCAAAACCUUAUUGCAUCAGACCAACAUCCUAAUGUCAUUCGAUGGUAUGGCGUGGAAUAUGACCAUGGAUUUGUAUAUCUUUCUCUUGAGCUCUGUUCUUGCAGUUUAAAUGAUCUUAUUGAGUCUUAUGCUGAUUUCCCUCAUAACUCUAUAAGCUUUGGUGACCAAUCAUUACAUGCAAAGACAGAGUACAAAAUCAGGUUGAAUUCUGUGCAGGCUACCAUGCAAGACAUUAAAUUAUGGAAAAAUAACGGGCAUCCGUCUGCCUUGUUGUUGAAGCUAAUGAGAGAUGUGGUUUCUGGGAUUGUUCAUUUGCAUGAACUGGGAAUAAUUCAUCGAGACUUGAAGCCACAAAAUGUACUGAUAAAAAAGGACAAAACCCUCUGUGCAAAGCUUUCUGAUAUGGGGAUUAGCAAAAGGCUUCUUGCAGAUAUGUCUUCUUUAGGUCAUCAUGCUACUGGUCAUGGAAGUUCUGGCUGGCAACCUCGUGAACAGCUACUCCAUGGACGGCAAACACGAGCUGUGGAUAUAUUUAGCUUAGGCUGUGUCCUUUUUUUCUGUGUUACCGGUGGUCAGCAUCCCUUUGGUGAUCGAUUUGAACGUGAUGCCAAUAUUAUUAGGGAUCAAAUGGACCUUUUUCUGGUGGAGAAUAUGCCAGAAGCACUGGAGCUUUUUUCUCGUUUACUGCAACCAGACCCUGAAAAGAGGCCCAAGGCACAGGAGGUGUUACACCAUCCAUUCUUUUGGAACAGUGAGAUGCGCUUGUCCUUUCUUCAUGACGCUAGUGACAGAGUUGAAUUAGAAGACAGAGAGACUAAUUCUAAUAUCCUGAAAGCAUUGGAAAGCGUUGGUUCUGUGGCUAUAGGUACCAAAUGGAAUGAAAAGUUGGAACCUCAGUUUAUAGAUAAUAUUGGUCGUUACAGACGUUACAAGUAUGACAGUGUCCGCGACCUGCUGCGGGUCAUGCGAAAUAAAUUGAAUCAUUAUCGAGAGCUGCCUGCUGAGAUUCAGGGACUUCUGGGACAUAUCCCGGAUGGAUUUGAAGAGUACUUCUCGAGCAGAUUUCCCAGGCUCUUGAUUGAGGUGUAUAAAGUGCUAAAUCGAUUCUGCAGAUCUGAGCCAUGGUUUCAGAAAUAUGUUCAAGGAAGCAUGCUUUGAGUACCCGGGAUUGGAUUCAAGUGUUGCUUCAUGCUUGCAACCUGUACAUAAACAUAUCUAUACAACUAGUUUAUAUCUGAAUAUUUAUGUUGUAUUUGUAAAUCCUUAUUAGUAUUCACCGUUAUUAUAUAUCAGCUGUAAUAUUGUAUUUGAAUAUUCUUAUUACUAUCACCUACACGACUAGUUUAUAUCUGAACCA